AUGAUUCGAGUUCGUGCAACGGAUCCUAGGCCUUGCCCGAAGUGCGGAAAGAUGUAUCGUUCAGCACAUACAUUGCGCACUCAUUUGGAAGACAAACAUACAGUCUGUCCGGGAUAUCGCUGUGUUUUAUGUGGAACAGUGGCAAAGUCUCGGAAUUCUCUACAUUCACACAUGUCGAGACAACACCGAGGCAUCAGUACGAAAGAUCUUCCAGUUAUGCCGAUGCCCAGUAAAUUCGAUCCGGAGUUGGCGUCCCGUUUAUUAGCUAAAGCUGGAGUCAAGGUGAGUCCGGCUGAACUUCGCGCACGAGCCAGCCCAACAGCAUCACGAAGAAGCGACAUGAGGUUGGAACCACCUCGUGCAGGUGCAUCCGAAAUUGAUAGCUGCGGUGGCGAUGAUCCAGAAGACCUUAGCCUUAGGUAUAGUUCGCCACUUUCAAACACCGUCAUUACUAAGGUAAGCGGCAACAGCAACAGUAGCAGCAAUAGCAAGAAUUCGACAGCAAUCGUCCCCAAGUCUUUGGAUUCUAUGCAUGGCAAUGGUGAUCUCAACAUGGCGCCAUUGCCACAUGGCAGUCAUCAUUCAGGCCACAAUACUAGUGCGAUUGCUGGUUCGGCACUUUUGGACACCUAUUUACAGUUUAUUGCAGAGAAUUCUGCAAUAAAUUCUGGUCUAUCAGCGAUAGGACUUGGUCCAGAGCAUGCGGCCGCCGUAGCACAUGCCGCUAAAAUGCGCAUGAGUCUAGAAAAGCACGGCAGUCGUAGCUUGGAGGAUUAUCCAAUAAUCGGCAGAGACGAGGGUCGAGGCUCCGGAGUCGUUCAUGAGGACAGACAGGAAUUCGACAGACACAGUGGACUUAUCGACGAAGGGGAAUCGUCUGGUGUGGAUGAUGACGAAUUUAGCGAGAAUGAGGAGCCAGAAGUGAUAAAGGAAUAA